UAGGGCAUACACUCUUGUCAUCCGCCACAGAAGCUUGUGACAGUAAGCUGCAGUGUCCUUGAAAAGCGAAGCGCACAAAAUUAACUUCGGUCUUCGUAGAGCAAAUUGCUGCUCUCUGUUCAGCACCCCUACGGUGCAGUCCUAUGUGUCCUCCGGCCACCAGAUGGCGCCCCCAAGUCCCAACACUAACAGCAGCAGCAACAGCAGUGGGGGAGGGGAACAGCUGAGUAAAACCAACCUGUACAUCCGUGGCCUUCAUCCUGGAACUACGGACCAGGACCUGGUCAAGCUGUGCCAGCCGUAUGGCAAGAUUGUCUCCACCAAGGCCAUCCUGGACAAAACCACCAACAAGUGCAAAGGUUAUGGCUUUGUGGACUUUGACAGCCCAGCAGCAGCUCAGAAGGCUGUAACCGCCCUGAAGUCAAGUGGGGUCCAGGCUCAGAUGGCCAAGCAACAGGAGCAGGACCCCACAAACCUGUACAUCUCCAACCUGCCUGUCUCCAUGGACGAGCAGGAGCUGGAGAGCAUGCUGAAGUCCUUUGGCCAGGUCAUCUCCACACGCAUCCUCCGCGAUGCCAACGGGACCAGUCGUGGUGUUGGAUUUGCCAGAAUGGAGUCUAAGGAGAAGUGUGAAGCCAUCAUUCAGCAUUUUAAUGGAAAAUUCAUCAAGACUCCACCAGGAGUGCCUGUGCCCCCAGAACCAUUAUUGUGCAAGUUUGCAGACGGGGGACAGAAGAAGAGGCUGAACCAGGGGAAGUACCUGCAGAAUGGUCGGCCCUGGGGCAGAGACGGGGACACGGGAGGGAUGACACUUGCAUAUGACCACGCAGCCUUACAGAAUGGGUUCUACUCAUCCCCCUACAGUCUGGCUCCUAACAGAAUGAUCGCCCAGACACCCCUGUCACCCUACAUGCAUUCACCUGUCUCCUCCUACCAGGUACAUAGUCCCUCCUGGAUGCACCACCAGUCAUACCUCAUGCAGCCAGCAGGCACAGUCUUGACCCCGACCAUGGACCAUACCAUGUCCAUCCAGCCCACAUCCAUGAUGGGCCCUCUCACCCAGCAGCUAGGCCACCUGUCUCUGGGCAGCACAGGCACGUAUAUGCCUGCAAACACAACCAUGCAGGGGACUUACAUCCCCCAGUACACCCCAGUGCCUCCUGCCAGUGUCCCUGUGGAGGAGAAUGGUGGACAACAGCAACAGGUUGCCAUGGAGACACCUACAGAACACACAAAUUACUCCUACCAACACACCAAGUGAAGCUAAGCUAAGCUCCCUCUGGUGAGGGCUCACGGCAGACUGAACCAGUGGGGUUCUACAGGAGGAUUGCAUUGCUCUGCAUACAGACACCAUGCACCCGACUCAAACACAGAUCACAAAAGGAACCUGCGUGUGUUUCGACAGAGAAGACAACGUCACACUUUUCCUAUUACUUCUACAUGAGUUUAUCAACCAAAGGUGGGAACCUUCUGCAAAGAAGCUUUGAUCUAUUUUGAUAACUGAAAAUAACAAAACAAAAAAAAGAACAAAGAAACUAGUAGGAAAGGAGGAAGACACAGAGCAUUAUUUUUGUGCACGUAAUAUAUCAAAUUCUUAUUUUUAAAAACCAUUCUGAAUGUUUCAGAGUGAUAUCAAGGAAAAGAGUUACAACACAAUGUGUCUUUUAUUUUUUGUAAGAUAUGCAAACAUUUUUAUUUUUUCUGAUGUGUGUUUUUUUGACAUUCUAUUUGCAGCAGUAGGACAAUAUUUUGUACAGAUUUUACGCAAAAUUACAAUUUGUUAACAUUUUGUGUUAUAAAAAGCAUGUCAAAUGCUAAAUAAACCGUUUAAAGCUACUUCUUUAUAAACUAGUCUGUUAAAUUAACUGCCAGAAGAUAACAUUGGUUGUUUAAAGAUUAUUUAAAAUCUGAUAAAACAAUGUUUCUCUCACAAACACAGAUUUCAUUUUAUAAGCGUAGGACAAUCAUUAUACUUUUUAUUUAAAUGUUUAUUUACAAUGUACAAACAUGUCACCUAUAUAUUUUAUUUAGUGAUUAUAAUUUAUAAGGUAAUGAUGAACAUUGGCAUUAAGAUUGACAACUCAUACUAUAAUAUUUUAUGAGAACAUUCUCUGCAAAUGGUUCUUUUUAUAACAUAUUCAAUUUAAACAUUUUAGUAAAUACAGACAUGAAUGUAUUCUAUGAGAUUUGACAAAACAGAUUUCUAAAUUCAAUUUAAUCCUAUCAUCAGUUAUAUCAUUCCAAGAAAGGAAUGUUUAACAUGCUUUAAUAUCACCAUUGUUUAUGAAAAAUACAUUUAGAUUGUGUUUACCUUUAAAAGUGUAUUACGGCAAUUAUUGGAUCAUACAUGCCCAGGGUUAGUAUUAUAAUAGUUUAUAGGACUUUAUUUGGUUUGUGAAUCAUGCCCAUGUACCACACACGGUCUGUGAGAAGUGGUUUUAAACGGUUUUGUUAGGCUAGAUCUACAGUUAUCAAUAGUGAAUUGCAACUUUUGUAAAAAUACAAAAAAUACAAAGAUAAAAUAGAUAAAAUAAAUACAAAUUGUUGGUGUGAGCAUAUGGGGGUUAUGAUGAUGUAUGUGUACACAAGAGUGCUAAAGUAGCUAAUUGGAAUAAAUCAAGAAGAAAAAGUGUGGUUACCUAAAGAAAGGAGUUAGAGUGUCCUCAUUUUGUCCUUGUUCAUAUAGUUAGGGGCCUUUGUUGGAGAAAAAGGGAGCUGCAACUCUUGUUCAAUGCUGCUGUUGUCUCCUGAGUUGUAAUUUCUAACUGUCAGCCAUUUUGUUUUUUGUUGUUGUUGUAGAAAGCUAUUUUGUUGUCAUUUUUUGUCUUUCACUUGAAACCUUUGAGUUGUCAUGCCUUAUGUUGUUGUUAACCUAGAAUAUCUUUUUGAUUAAUUUACUUUUCAUUAAAAUUAGAUUUUAGCUGUAGGGAAAUAAUUUUCCUAGACUGUAGAUGUUAAGUUGUUUUUACUUUCUAAGAGAUUCAGUGCAUUUUAUAUGAUGUUGAGUUUGUGCAUUUGCACGUGGUCCAUGCAAACUGCAACAUUAUGUUUUGCUUGCUUUAUCCUAUGUUAAUUUCCGUUCCAGAGCACUGUGUUGUUAAUCAUUAUAUUUUUACCGGCCUAACAGAAAGUCUUUAAGUCCACUUCCACUAGCCCAACUAUUUCAUUGCAUGCGGUAUAUAAUCAUAUUCAGAAGCUGAGAAAGCAUAUGAAUGCCCUUUCCAACAAAAUAGACACUGUGAAUGUGUGCAUUAUCCAAUUAUUGAAUAGUUUGAAACACAUUUAAAUACAUUUGUGAAAAUGAAAAACUCCUUGAUAAAUUAAUUGAAUAAGUGUGGCAAAAGGCCAUUUAAAAGGUUUAGGGCCAUCAGAAGUAAUCGAGGGUUGAGCUUCCUAUUCUUAAGCAGUCGUAGUUUUACAAACCAUAGUUUUAAUGGUUUAUGCUGGAUGUCACAUUUUUCUAACUAUUCACAAUAUUGUGUUCAUCUUUGCACCUCUAGCUCAGCAUUCGGUCUCCUUCAUCCAGGUUUGUUUGUUAUUUAUAUCUGCAACCAAAGAUGAUCAAGCCAUCAACCUGUCAGCAGAGCUUUCUGUCAGUUUAUUACAUAGUAAAAUGCUGAUCUCAGUCCACGGACAUAUAUAUCUCUUUUCUGUAGCUCUAUGUUGAUGUAAGACCUUUUUAUUUUUUAAAGUUACAGGAAACUAAUGGGACAUUGAGUGACAUUCCUCUCAUAACGUGGUUUUGUUGAAUGAAUGUUUAAGAUGUUCAUUUAAAACCACAUUGUAAAAAUCUGCGGGAAAUGGUUCUCAUGCUUUAUAGUGUCAAAAUGGAGAGUUCAGCAUUUGCAAUCUCUGUAAAUAUUAGACUCCCUUCUGUUCUCUUGUAUUCUAUACAUGUCAAGAUGUUUGUAAUUUUAUUUGUCUCUACUUUAUCAACUAUAUUUUGUUGAUGUUUCAUGAUCUGUCCAGAUACAGUAACACAAGAAUUAUCACAAGCAAGUUUCACAUUCAGUCCACCACAUCAUGAAGGAAAAUAAGGAUAAUUUUAUGUAUUCAUGGUAACUGAUAUUUCAUGUAUCAGCCAUAACAUUAAACAUAAAUUUAUUUUGAAACUAUGAAAUGACCAGUUCUUAUGCAGCUUUCCCAGUAUUGCAAAUUGAUGUUCCAUGUUCUAUUAUGAACUUCUCUUUAACCAAUUUAAUCUUAACAUUGGUGUGUGAUAUGACAUUUUCAUGGAAGGAGGUAUCAAAGUCAGAAGCUUUUUGUAGGACUUGAAAACCAGGGGGAUUUCAAACAUAAUAUUUAUCUGAUCUUUCGUUGUGCACUUAUCCAUGCCAAUGCAAUUCUUAAAAACAAUGCAAAUCCUAAUGCAAAAAUCCUCAUGUCCUCCCUUUAAGUCCAGAUCAUGUAGCUUUGAUGGCUUAUUUCAUAGUUUCAAAAUGUUAUGCUGCUAAAACGGGAUGUCCAUGCAGUUUGUAAGAUGAUGGCCACUCUGAAUGUUCCAACAUGUCUUCCUUUAGAAACUUGAUUCACUUUAUCGAACAAUUUAAGUUUUAAGUUUUAACACUAUAACAUUAGGCCUAUGACACAUGGAAACAAAUCCAUUGAUGUUGCUGGUUAGUUAUUUGGUUAUGUAAUUUGUAGUACAGUAAUAAUUUACAAAAUCAGAGAUUAAAUUCAUUGCAAACUGGUACUCUCAAAAAAUCUCAUUUGUAGUCAAAUAUAAUAUCAAGUUGGUUGCCUUUGAAGUUGAACAUUCAGUUGGCCUAUCUGACACUGCUAGAAAACAUUUUUCUUAUUUAUAAAAAACUCAUUUGUACAGUUUGUUGGAGGACAGUGGUUUUGAUAUUUGGUUUGUUUGCUAAUGAGCUGGUUAGCCACUUGGCAACUUUUGUCUCUGCCAGAAUUGUUAAAUUCUGCUAACUUCAGUUUUUUAUUCAGAGAUAAAUAUUUUCCUUCUUUCUUGGUUUUACUCUUUGAACUUGAAUAUGUUGAUUUUCUUUUUUAAAUAAAAGCCUUGUUUUUAA